UGACAAGACUAGCCGAGCCCAACAAAUUUUGAAAAUUCUCAUCAUCCACAGUGACGCAUACCGAAGUAGAUUCAAUUGAAUAACCUCCUAUUUCGGAGUUCUAACACCGGAGAUGUCGAUUCUCAAGCCUCCGUCUUGGGCGAUCGGAGGAGGAGAAGUAUAUAUAUAUAUAUGUGUGUGUACGGCAUUUUGUCAUAUGGAGGAAUGUGGGUUUGUUCCCAAUAGUGUUGGAACUCGAAAACGAAGCCAAUUUUGGGAUCUCUCGUCGAUUUGGAUCCGAGAAGAAGCAUAUGAGCGAAAGCAAAGAUGGCAAAUACGUCUCCUACUCCGCCCACGGUACCAGACCGUACAUUCAGCUCUACACUUCGCCGUUUCUUCAACGUUUCUGAAGAUGAUUCGGAUUCAAAUACUGUCUAUGCUCAGAAUCAGGGAACUUCUGGUAAUCAAAAUGCUUCUGCUUCUCAGUCAACUGUUUGGGCUGCUUCUUCUUUGACUCUGAACUCGGAUGGGAGAGAGAAGGAGAAGGGAAUGAUUGGUAUGCGGAGACUUGGAAAGGCCAAAUCAGCUCUGAACCUCCACCACACAGCUUCGUCCAGAAGAGACAAUAUUAAUCCAUCCUCCAACCCUUCCGCUCUGCCAUCGACAAAGCCUUCCGCAAACACAUCAACCAAUAAUCUCCUAGCGAAACAAUUGAAUGCUCUCACGCCUCCAAGUCCAAGUCUAAGUCCUCAAUUCCUCACCCAUCGCCGCCAAUCCAGCAACCGUUUGGCCUCCUCUUCCUCAUCCGCUUCUUCUCCCAGUUCGCUAAGUCCAAGUCCUACACGACCUGCCAGUCCAUCGUCAACUGCACCAAAUAGUCCACUUUCAGUUUCAGGUUCAACGACUCCAAAAUCCCCGGAUAUUGGAAAUCCAAAUCCAGCUCCCAAGACAAGGACAACAACCAAGACGCAGCCAAACACAACUUCCUCCACAAACACAUCCACACCCACACCAACAUUCGAACUCACCCCCCUCUCAACCCUAAUCGCCCAAAGCUACAAAGACAUCGAAAUGCUUAAAAGCAUUUACGGACCUUCUUCUCGUCGUCUUCAUCCCCCUCCCCUUCCUCCUCCAACUUCUUCCGGCAAAACCAAACCAAAAAACAAACACAACAGCAAAAGUAAGAGUGAGAAAGGAAAGAAGGGAGAAGAGGGAGAGUUGAAUGAGAAGGAGAUGGCAAGGGUUGUGGGGCUAGAAAGAGGAAUGGCGAUUGAUUUUGAGAAAGUGGAGGAGGGUUUGAGGGGGUUUGAGGAGGUUUAUAAGGUUUUCCUGCAAACUUCUAAUACGACACCACGUACGGAAGUCCAUCUCCUGGCUAUGGUGUGUAAGAGGAGUGAGGUGGUUAAUGGUGGGCUUUCUGUUUCUGGUUCUGGAAAAGGGGAGGGAGAGAAACAGGGAGGUGGAGGUGGUGUGGGAGGUGUGCCGAGUGUGAAGAUUGCGGAUUGCUGUCUUUGAUUCUGAGAUGUGUUGCUCUGUGCUUUUGCGAUUGUUUUGGUGCUUGAUGGGACUAGUGAGAGAGGUAUGCUUGGUGCUAGAGUUGGGAUCAGUUUUGUUUGCACUGUUCAGUUUAGAUAGGAGUUCUGGGACCAUAUGAUGGUGUAGUGUUGUGUUUUGGUGUAAUUGUACUUGGUGCGGAGGAAAGGUUGUUGUUUUUCCGAGCGGGAACUGAGAGGAUGUAAAAGGGGAGACCAGCCAAGAAGGAGAGACCAGAAAAACAAGACGAGUAGCUAGGUUGAUAAAAGCAAAUUCGCU